UCGGAUGUUAAAACGCCAGAAGAAGCUUGAUUUGGCCCAACUUAUCACUACCAUCGUCACCAAGUCAACCCUGAUGCCCUUCAGGUGGCACGGCGGGAAAUACAUGUGCUUUUAUUGCUGCACGCAUUUUGUAGACAGUUCGAAACUCAGAGAGCAUCAAGAAACCCACCCUGAUGUGGAUAUAAACGAAAUUUUAUUAAGGACAGUUUACAAAGAAUCGUUAUUUCGAAUCAAGCUAGACGUAACCGAAAUCUGGUGCACGGAAUGUCCAGAGGAACUGCAGUCUUUCGAAGAAUACAUCGAACACUUGUCGACCCACCACGACAUUACUUUCGAGAAAGCCAUCAUAUCUCGGUGCGAGCUCUUCAAACUGACGGAUGAAGUUCUAAACUGCCUACAAUGCGAGGAGACCUUCAACCACUUCGGUCACCUUUUAAACCAUAUUCAUCAAAGUCACAUAGACGCGGAUAAGCAUAAAUUCUUGUGCGAGAUCUGUGGGCAAGGAUUCGCUGACAAAUGGGUGGUUGCCACGCACAUUAAACACGUUCACCGGUUACAGCAGUGCAAAUACUGUCCAGAGGUAUUCCAGACCCAGUACGCGAUGGACAAACACGUCGGCACCGUCCAUAAGACUGAGAAAUUCAAAUGUCCUAUGUGUCCAAAGAUUUUGCCUACAAGGUACAUGAAGAAGCGUCAUCUAGCCAUGGCCCACGAUUGCAAGAGCGCUCAGCUUACUUGUGAUCUUUGCGGAGUUGUUUUUACAAGGAACAACAAACUUGUGAUGCAUAAAAAGAGGGUUCAUUUCAAGGAGAAGAACGUGGCGUGCGAUGUCUGUGGAGGCUUCUUUUUCGAUGCGGACUCGUUGAAGAAACACCAGAUAAGUCACAGCCAGGACAAACCGUUCCAAUGUGAUAUAUGCCCGAAGAGUUUUAAGAGGAAGAGUGGGCUAGCUAUGCAUAUCUCUCAAUGUCAUGCGACUGAAGAGAAGGCGGAUAAUGAAGAUUUAUCUGUUCCAGAAACUGGAUUCCGGCUGAGUCUCCCCUCGCUCGACGGCGAGCGAACAGCGCAGUGGGCUCUCAGGAACCUGGUCGCUGUCAUCGUCCAGCACUCCACGAUCAUGCCCUUCAGAUGGUCCUCCAAUAAGUUCAUGUGCUUCUACUGCUGCUGCCCUUUCCACGAAGUGACCAAACUUAAAUCUCACACCCUUAUAGAACACGAAAACGCAAAGCUGCAAACCAUUUUGAUGCUAGCCAAAACCAGCAGUCGCCUAAAGUUAGACGUUUCGGAAAUAUCUUGCAGGAAAUGUCCCAAAAGUCUUCGCAAUUUGGACGAAUUUCUUGACCACGCUGCAUCGGCGCAUGAUCUGGAAUUCAAUAGGGAAAGCAGCAAAACGUUUCUGUGCUUCAAACUGUCUGAUGAAGGGAUGAGUUGCUUGGACUGCGAUGAACGGUUCCAAUUCUUCGGCACUCUUUUGACACACACGCACAAAUACCACAAUAAAUGUAACUCGUUUUUGUGCGAAAUCUGCGGGCAAGGUUUCGUAUCACAAGCCCAUGUAGCUCAUCAUUUAAAAAAGUGCCAUUCUGAGGGAGAAUGCGUGAAAUGUCAGAAGAAAUUCCGGACGCAAUAUGCUUUGACACUCCACAACGAAAAGGAGCAUCGAACUUGGAAGUGCCCAAAAUGCACUGAAGUGUUAGGAAGUAGAUAUUUGAGGAAACGUCAUAUGGCGCUGGCGCAUGACGUUGGCAACAAUAUUUUUAAGUGCGACGAGUGCGAAAAGAUAUUUGUGUUGAGACACAAGCUUAUUGAGCACAAAGCGAGGAUCCAUUUGAAGGAGAAGAAGAUGGAAUGUCCUAUCUGUGGAUUUAAGGUCUUCAAUAAAGAGUUGCUAAAACGUCACAUGGUCAGGCAUGAUGAUACAAGGCCGUUUGAGUGUGAUAUAUGCAAGAAGACGUUCCAAAGAAAGAAAACCUUGGAUUUCCAUCGGCGGAUCCACACGAACGACAAGCGAUACGUUUGCAAAGACUGCGGCAAGUCGUUCGUGCAAGUGGCCAGCUUGAAGUUGCACAUUAAAGUGCAUCAUACCAGCAAUGAAACUGCUUCCUGGAACUAA